AUGGCCCCCUCAAGGAUCGAUUCAAGCCCUGAACCUCAAUCAGACGGUCAAUCGACCAAGCCAACCGUCUAUCUCAUCGAUGAAUACCACCCAGGAGCUGUCAAGCACUGCAAGACUCUCUUUAACGUCAUCGGCCCUCAAGACCCAGAAAUCAAGAACUGGAGACAAAAUGCUCAAUACCUCUUGGUGAAGGGGUCACAUGUCACCGCUGACGACAUUGCACAAGCCAAGAAUCUCAGAGCCAUCGGCAAACAGGGCGUCGGCAUCGAAAAGAUUGAUGCCGCUGCUUGCAAGGCUGCAGGUGUCAAGAUUUUCAACACUCCUGGUAUCAAUGCGACUGCUGUGGCGGAACUUGUGCUCGCCCUCACCAUGACUGUAGCUCGCGAAAUUCGACCAAUCACACUCAGGCAAGGCGCCGGCGAGGCAGUUCCCAAGUCAACCUGCUCUGGUCUUAUCCUUACUGGAAAGAGCAUCGGCCUGAUUGGCAUGGGUAACAUCAGUCGUAGAGUCGCCGAGAUUUUCCGUGGUGCUUUCGGUUCACAAAUCAUCGCAUACGAUCCCUUCUUGCCUGAGAAUGCCUGGUCAGAUCUUCCUCACGAGCGUGCCACGACUGUCGACCAGGUUCUGACAGCAGACGUCGUCUCAAUACACGUCCCAUUGGUCAAGGAUACCACAAAUCUCAUCUCGUACGAGCAAAUGCAGCGUAUGAAGUCAACAUCCAUCCUCAUCAAUGCUGCCAGAGGCGGUAUUGUGAAUGAAGCAGAUCUUGCUCGCGCACUUCACGAGGGCUUGAUCUGGGGUGCAGGCCUCGACUGUCACAUGCAAGAGCCGCCAACCAAGGAAAUGUACGCCAAGCUAUGGUCAAGUCCAAGGGUUGUCAGCACACCACACAUUGGAGCCGCAACAGAUCAGACACAGAUGGAAACUGCCAGCGCGGCGGUGGAUUAUUUGUUCGAGUUUGCCAAGCAGCAAUGA